UUAGAACUGAAGAAGAGGCGGAAUAACAUUGUGGAAGACAUUAUUGACUGAUUAUUAUUAUUUAUCGGUGCAGGUAGAUCCUCCAAAUUGAUUUUGACACAAUAAACCUUUUUAGGCAAUCAGGAGUGAAAGCAGCCAAUCGCUGCUCUGCUGCUCGGUUGCGUAUUGAUUUGGGUUUGGAGCGUCUCUUUUGGCUCCGGUCUGCGCUCAUCAAUCUUCCCGACGCGCGCAUGUGUGUGUGUUUGGAUCUUCGGUCCAUGGAUUUCUACUUUAAGGCAACGAUAUCAUGCUGUGAAUAUAUUUUAUGACUUCACUGUCGGUGAUUAUAACCGGAUACGACGUGGAAUGAAAGAAGAAAACCAAAAAAUGUGAGUUUGUGGUAAAAAGUGUUACUCGAUUGAUUGAUUGAUUGAUCGGUUCGCCGCUUCUGGACUUCAUAUCAAAACACAAAAGCAACCAGUGUGACCUUUAAUCUUUUUUUUGUCCCUUUACGAUGGGAAGAACAUUCUGCGUUUCCAAAGUAAAGGAAUAAUUCACAAAUAACAAGGAGCAACCCGGAUCGAUCAACGAGGCUGAUUGAGGAGUCCAACCUCAAGUCUCUAAACUGGAUCCUUCUGCUUGUAUCGAUCAGCGGAUUUGAUUGAUCUUAAGACACUUAAGACACCCUCGAAGGGAGAAGAUGCCGUUCCACCAUGUGACGGCAGGUCUGCUCUACAAGGGGAACUACCUGAGCCGCUCGCUGUCAGACAGUGACAGCGACGUGCUGGCCAGCAUCUCCGUGGAGGAGCUUGAUGAGAUCCGCGAGGCGUUUAAGGUGCUGGAUCGUGACGGAAACGGGUUCAUUUCCAAACAGGAGCUGGGCAUGGCCAUGCGCUCUCUGGGCUACAUGCCUAGUGAGGUGGAACUAGCCAUCAUCAUGCAGAGACUAGACAUGGAUGGUGAUGGACAGGUUGAUUUCGAGGAGUUUAUGACGAUCCUCGGCCCCAAACUCCUGUCGUCUGAAACGAGAGAAGGCUUCCUGGGCAGCACAAUAGAUACCAUCUUCUGGCAGUUCGACAUGCAGAGAAUCACCCUGGAGGAGCUGAAACACAUCCUGUUCUACGCCUUCCGCGACCACCUGACCAUGAAGGACAUAGAGAACAUCAUCAUCAACGAGGAAGAGAGCAUGAAGGAGAACUCUGGGAACUGUCAGGCAGAGUAUGAGGGAGUUCACCCUUCAAAGAAGAACCGUCAGACGUGCGUGAGGAAAAGCCUCAUCUGCGCCUUCGCCAUGGCGUUCAUCAUCAGCGUGAUGCUCAUCGCAGCCAAUCAGAUGCUGAGGAACGGCAUGGAGUAGCUGCGCCCACUGUGAUCGGGGAACAAGCCAGCCUGCAUGUGCAUGCCAGUGGGUGAGGUCAUAUCCCUGUUGAUAGGAAAAGAACUACAAGGAGAAGAAAAAAAAAUCCCAUUUUUAAAAUUAUUAUAAUUUUUUUUUCCUUUUUUCGAACAAGUGGCACCUCUUCACCCGACGUCCAAUGAAACCGUGAAGCCAGCAUGAGGAGUCACACGGGACUCCUCCCCCUUUACUCUGACAGGGACACUCAAGGGCUGACAUUACACAUAAUAAUACUCUGUCGUGUCUGUUUCCCUGAUGCAAUAAAAAAAAAAAAAGACAAAAAAAAAAAACCUUGAGUGCAGGAGUUCAGAGCUGCUUGCUUUUCCAGAAGGCGAGAUGUGACUGUGAAUGUGUCACCCACCAGGAGUCUGAUGAGCUACCAGGACUGCAGUCUGGGCCUCGGAAAGGGAAUUUGAGAAAAGGGAACAAUCGCCCUCUUAUUAUAGUUCCUGGAAGCGUGAUGGCAGGACCCCACUGCCACUCCAGCAGGAGGAUCUGAGCGCUCCUGCAGCUCCCAUGGUGCUACGAUACUUCAGCUCUUCAGCUUUCUAUUCUCAGCUACUGUGUGUGUCUGUGGGCUGGUAUAUGAGGUGCUGGCAUCAGUUCAUCAGCCCGAUACGCCGAGCAGUCAAGCGAGCAAAAUGUUAACUAGCAAUUCCAGGCCUGUGUUACGGCCUUGUGAUAUUGAUAAAUGAACACAGAAGCUCUGAAAGUUUGGUUUUAGAUCUUCUCUUUCUGUUGAGUGAACACUGUUCAGGGUUUCUGUGUCCUAUUAAAUGAAAAAAAUCCACCCUUUAUAAGUUCACACUGUUAUAUAUCAUCUAUCUGUGGUGUUCUGUGCACAACACACUGUAUAAAAGGUGUGUCUAAAAACAAGAUAAAAACACUAAAUCUGAAGGAAAUGAUCUUGCUGCAUGGACAGAUAAUUUUACUUGACAAGAUUUCUUAAAUUAAGAUUAUUAAAUCUAGAAAUAAGCAUGUUGAACGCUUAAAAUAAGAAAUUAACUCUUAAAACAAGAUAAAUUAAAGCUGCAAGCAGCGAUGAACUGGCCCGAGCAGAGUGACCUGACAAUUAUUUGUUUCUUACCAAGAUAAAAAAAACUUUAGAUUUAAAAGUGUUUGAUAAUUUAUCUUGUUUUAAGAGUUAAUUUCUUAUUUUAAGCAUUCAACAUGCUUAUUCCUAGAUUUAACAAUCUUAAUUUGAGAAAUCUCUUGGUUUUAUUCUGGUUUUAAGUGGUUUGAACAGGUUUUAUUUUGGUUUGAACUGGUUUUAUUUUGGUUUUAACUGGUUUUAUUCUGGUUUUAUGUGGUUUUAAGAGUUAAUUUUAAACGUUCAACAUGCUUAUUUCUAGAUUUAAUAAUCUUAAUUUGAGAAAUCUUUUGGUUUUAUUCUGGUUUGAACUGGUUUUAUUCUGGUUUGAACUGGUUUUAUUCUGGUUUGAACUGGUUUUAUUCUGGUUUGAACUGGUUUUAUUUGGUUUUAAGAGUUAAUUUUUUAUUUUAAGCGUUCAACAUGCUUAUUUCUAGAUUUAACAAUCUUAAUUCAAGAAAUCUUGUCAAGUGAAAUUAUCUGUCCAUGCAGCAAGAUCAUUUCUCUCAGAUUUAGUGUUUUUAUCCUGUUUUUAGACACCUUUUUUUUCCAGUGCAGGAGAGGUUGGGCUGAGGAACCGGUUAUAUACUGUAUAUCACAAGAUAAGAUAAAAAUAUUCAGAUAUUAUUUUUAAGCGUUAUUGCCCAGCCCUAAUCACCACACCAACAUAUUAUAGUUGGUUUUAUAGCGAAUGUAGUUUGAUAAAUGAACAAAGAAACGUGAAAGUUUGGUUUUAGAUCUUCUCUUUCUGUUGAGUGAACACUGUUCAGUGUUUCUGUGUCCUAUUAAAGGAAAAAAAUCCACCCUUUCCAAGUUCACACUGUUAUAUAUCAUCUAUCUGUGGUGUUCAGUGCACACCAGGAGUUAUUUAAUUCAACUAUGUCUCAGUCUGCCUUGUCUACUUCUGCCUCAGUUGGUGAUUUCCUACAUUUCCCAAAAUGACUUUGGACAGCCCCCAGGGUGUGAAUCGACACAUUCAAAGACAAGAUAAAAAAGUUUUUUUCCACUUGGCAACACCUGAAAUGAACCUUUUACUCCUAGUGCAUAUUUCUUCUGGCUUCCUGACAGAUUUCUACCUGCAUGUCUGUUGGGAUCAUUGUUAAAUGAAGCUUUUAGUCUUUUUAAAACUCAAGGGACAAAUCGCUGAUACUUAAGCAUUUUUCUUAUUAGUUGGAAAAUGUAUGUGAUGUCACAUUACUGGGUUGGCUAGUCAACCCUGAAAAUAAAAGAAACAGAUUUAGGAAUAGAAGGUACACUGCAAAAAAGGUGUGUCUAAAAAAGAGAUAAAAACACUAAAUCUGAGGGAAAUGAUCUUGCAUGGACAGAUAAUUUCUUGAAUUAAGAUUAUUAAAUCUAGAAAUAAGCAUGUUGAACGCUUAAAAUAAGAAAUUAACUCUUAAAACAAGAUAAAUUACUAACACUUCUAAAUCUUAGGUUUUUAUCUUGAUAAGAAACAAAUAAUUUGCAGUGUACAACAACACCAGAGUUUUUUUUACAGUGUUAAAGUGCUUUAGGGUGGAUUUUUAUUCCUUCAAAUCAUAACGAAUCAAGGUAAGAGAUUAUAACUUUGUGCUGUGAAAAAUUAAAUCCCCUUUAAGUAUUGAAAUAAAAAUGUGUGCACAAAAGGCACCAUUUAAUUUAUUCUCUAUUUUUUUAAUUAUCAUUUAAUUUCUUUCGUUUUUUAAUUGCAAUACUGAAUCUUAAUCCAUGGAUGUGUGACUCUCCCUGUUCAGUACAUUUUCUGAUUUGAAUCCAUCCUGCAAACUAAAGUUUGCAAAGAUUUUUAAUGCAAUGCCAAAUCAAUCAGUGUCACUUACUUACUUACUUACUUUCGUGUUCACCAUAUUUUUAUUUUCAUUUUGAAACUGUUGCUGUUGUGAGCACCAUUUCACUGUGGAGCACUGCAAAAAAGGUGUGUCUAAAAACAAGAUAAAAACACUAAAUCUGAGGGAAAUGAUCUCUCUGCAUGGACAGAAAAUUUUGUUUGACAAGAUUUCUUAAAUUAAGAUUGUUAAAUCUAGAAAUAAGCAUGUUGUACGCUUAAAAUAAGAAAUUAACUCUUAACCCUCUGGAGCCCAUGAAACCACUGGCACAUUACUUCUUACUAAUAUAAAAUAUUGAACUUGAUAUUAUCCUUAUUUUACCUUUAAUAUGUUAUAUAUGUAACUUUUAUUCGUAUGUGCAACAUUUAAAAUUCUGUGCUUUGAAACAUAAUUUUCAAGAUCAGAUUUUAUGUUUUCCUUUGUUUCUUUUGGGUUCAAAAUUUUGUUCAAGUAAGUCAAAGUUAAAAAUGAAUUAUCAGGACAUAUAGGUGAGGAAACGCUGAAGAAACUGAUACCAACAUGGUAUGGUAAAGAUUUUUUAACAGACAUAAUAGCCGAAGAUUUCAGAGGGUUAAAACAAGAUAAAUUAUCUCACUUUUUUUAUUCUGGUAAGAAACAAAUAAUUGUGAGGUCACUCUGCUCGGGCCAGUUAAUCGCUGCUUGCAGCUUUAAUUUAUCUUGUUUUAAGAGUUAAUUUCUUAUUUUAAGCUUAUUUUAAGCUUAUUUUAAGCUUAUUUUAAGCUUAUUUUAAGCGCCUUUUAAGCAUAUUUAAAGCAUAUUUUAAGCGUGUAUUUUUCCAUUUUUAUCAUAAUUUUGAUCAUAAUUAGUCCUAUACAAAUGCUGUUUAAAUAAUUAACUUAAAGUAAAGUUUAUCUUUGUAAGAAACAAAUAAUUGUCAGGUCACUCUGCUCGGGCCAGUUCAUCGCUGCUGGCAGCUUUCAUUUAUCUUGUUUUAAGAGUUAAUUUCUUAUUUUAAGCGUACAACAUGCUUAUUUCUGUAUUUAACAAUCUUAAUUUAAGAAAUCUUGUCAAGUGAAAUUAUCUGUCCAUGCAGCAAGAUCACUUCCCUCAGAUUUAGUGUUUUUAAUUGCUUUUAGACACCCCUUUUUUGCAGUGAGAAAACAGAUUUUGCAGGGUUGCAAACUUUCUCACGGCACUGAAUGAUUCCAAGACGAGUCUUGAAAUGUUGUUUCCUGCUACUUUCGGCUCUGACCUCCUGCACUCUGACUCUCAUCUCCACAUGUAAAACCCAGCCAGGGUUCAGAAACACCAAUGUUAUCAAGUGCAUGCGAUCAAGUCAGUGUCUUUUGUAAAUACUGUAACCCACGUCUGAUGUGUCUCAUGUGUCUGCUGAAGGUGUACAGUGUCUCUGUAUAUGCAUGACUGUCGGUGCUCUCUGCUCACUCGGGUUCAGAGGUGCAGGGAGGGAGCAAGAUAACCAGAUCGAGAGACUGCUGCUUCAUUACAAAAAACCCUCCGGAUGCAGGCAGUGAAGGCCCUUUCUGCUCCCUCUCCACCCUCUUGCCAAAGCCAUAGAACUCCGCAGAGGUGAACCAGACAACACAAUGUAAGCGUUUUUCCCUGUUCCUACAUGGAAACACAAAGUCAAUCUGACGUUUUUUGGCAGAAAUAUGUCCGCCAUGUAGGAUUUGAUCUGUUCCUGUUAUUGUUUUUGCACUGUACCUGUCAUCCAUUCCAGUGAAAUGACAAAAAGGUUGUAGGUUUGUGCAAGAGUGCCAUCUAGAGGUUAAAGGAGAUCACGUUUUCCAUGCUGUCGUCCCACUACACUACAGUGUUUGUGUGUUUCUCAAUCUCUAUGGGAAUGUGAUGUCAGGCUCACAAUAUUAUAUUCACAAUGUCUUGCAAUUGUUGAUCUUAAAUAUUAAAAUAUGAGGAUUUUUAUGGAUGUAUGUAUAGGUUGACUUUGCUCUACCGACACUACUGGUAGAGCAGCACUUGUAUUGGAACACAGUGUAUUUAUAGGAAUAGAUUUCUUGCCUAUAUGGCAGAAAAAAACUCUUUUUGAAUCUGUAAAAGGUUUCAGUGAAGAAAGAGCACUUUGUGCAAAAACGUUCAACAAAACCUUGUAGGUCACACUGGUUUUGGUUUUUUUUUUUUAUUCUGAAACGUCACACUUAUUAAAAUGUACUUUUAUUAUUUUUUAAAUCUGUCAAUCUUUCAGUAGUGGUGGAAAUGUUUCCACCAAAUUCACAACUAGUCACUGCUGUAGUGGUUAAAAAAAUUUUUUUCUUUGAGAAGAACUUUGUCUUUUUGAUUUUUUUUUCAUUAGUGUGUGUUUUGGGGGGAUUUUUGAGUUGAGUUUUGUUUACUGUGGUUACAGUUUUGCUGUAAUCAAACUGUCCCUGCCCCUGCAGAGUGGUUGCAUGUCUGGAUAGCUGAAGGAGAGUUUUAUUUUGAAA